GCCAACUGUUGCUGCUGCCAGCUGCACGGUGCCACCUCUGGCCCCCAUUGAUCCCUGUGUCCUCCUUGGUGACAGCCGCUAACUAUGGGGAACCAGUGCCCUGGCUCUGUGUCCCGCACAGAGCAUAAUGCAAAAUAUAACCGGGUACACUUAUACUCUGAGCUGGAGGAGGAACAUAUCGGUGCCCAGGCAGCACCAAAGCCUGCUCCUGAACAGGGACGAGGUUCAGGAGAACCAAAGAAAUACGAUCCAACUUUCAAGGGCCCUAUACAUAACAGAGGCUGCACAGACAUCCUCUGCUGUAUCCUGAUUGUUCUGGCCAUUAUAGCAUAUGUAGCGGUGGGAAUUGUGGCCUGGACCUAUGGCGAUCCACGGAAGGUUAUAUACCCUACUGACAGCAAGGGACAGUUCUGUGGACAAGUCGGCACCCCCAACGAAAAGAAACCUUUCUUGUUCUAUUUCAACAUCAUGAAGUGUGCGAGUCCACUCGUCCUCCUGGAGUUCCAGUGUCCAACCACUCAAAUUUGCGUGGAGAAAUGUCCGGACAGGUUCCUCACCUACCUGGCGGUGGCUACAGCUCAGGAGAAUUUUAAUUAUUAUAAGCAGUUCUGCAGAGAAGGAUUCAAUGACUUCUCCAAGAGUCCUGUGGAAGUGCUGAGAGAUAGAGAUUGUCCAGCUAUGAUUACACCAAGCAAGCCAUUCACCAGAAGGUGUUUCCCAGCCCUUAAUGUAAACAAAGGGGUGGUCAUGGUUGGGAAUUCAACAACGUUCGAUGAUGGAAGAGAUCAAAAACAACGUAAUGUGUCUGACCUGUUGGAAGGAGCCAAAAAGGCCAAUGUGGUGCUGGAGGCCCGGCAGGUGGCUAUGAAGAUAUUUGAGGACUACACCGUUUCGUGGUACUGGAUAAUCCUAGGUCUUGUCAUCGCCAUGGUAAUCAGCUUGAUAUUUGUGGUAUUACUGAGGUUCCUGGCUGGAAUUAUGGUCUGGGUGAUGAUCGUUUUGUUGAUUGCCGUCAUGGGUUAUGGAAUCUUCCACUGCUACAUGGAAUAUGCUCGAUUGAAGGGUACAGCCGGGUCUGAUGUCAAAUUGACGGACAUUGGGUUUCAGACAGAUGUUCGGGUCUAUUUACACCUACGGCAGACUUGGCUGGCAUUUAUGAUUAUUCUGUGCAUUAUGGAAGUGGUUGUCAUCUUGCUGCUGAUAUUCCUCCGGAAGAGGAUCCUAAUUGCCAUUGCACUUAUCAAAGAAUCUAGCAGGGCGGUCGGACAUGUUAUGUGUUCCUUGGUUUUCCCUCUCUUUACCUUCACACUGAUUUGUCUCUGCAUCGCCUACUGGGCCAUCACCGCAGUCUUCCUCUCCACCUCCAGUGAGGCAGUCUAUAAGAUUUUUAAUGAAACGCAAUGUGAUUUUGCUGGCAAAACCUGUAACCCCGAGACGUUCAACACCACCAACAUUACCCGCUCAUGUCCAGAUGCCAGCUGCCAGUUUGCUUUCUACGGUGGCGAGACCUAUUACCAUAAGUACCUGAUCAUCUUCCAGGUCUACAAUGCGUUCAUGUUUCUCUGGCUAGCAAACUUCGUCAUUGCGCUGGGUCAGGUGACUCUGGCCGGGGCUUUUGCCUCCUAUUACUGGGCCUACAAGAAACCAGACGACAUGCCGGCCUUUCCCAUCUUCUCUUCCCUGGGCCGUGCUCUCAGAUAUCACACAGGGUCUCUGGCGUUCGGGUCCCUUAUCCUAGCGAUUGUACAGCUGAUUCGGAUCAUGCUGGAAUACCUGGACCACAAACUGAAAGGGGCGGAUAAUAAGUGUGCUCACUUCCUCCUGUGCUGCCUGAAGUGCUGCUUCUGGUGUCUCGAGAAGUUCAUCAAGUUCCUCAACCGCAAUGCUUACAUCAUGAUUGCUAUAUACGGCACCAAUUUCUGCACAUCGGCUCGUAAUGCCUUUUUCCUGCUCAUGAGAAACAUUGUUCGCGUUGCCGUCCUCGAUAAAGUCACCGACUUCUUGCUCUUCCUAGGGAAAUUGCUGGUGGUGGGCUGCGUGGGAAUCCUUGCUUUCUUCUUCUUUACUCACCGCAUCCGGAUUGUGCAGGACACAGCCCCGACUCUGAAUUAUUACUGGGUACCUAUCCUGACGGUGAUCGUUGGCUCAUACCUGAUUGCACACGGCUUCUUCAGUGUGUACGGGAUGUGUGUGGACACACUUUUCCUGUGUUUCUGUGAAGAUUUGGAGAGGAAUGAUGGCUCCUUGGAGCGGCCAUAUUACAUGUCCCCGGAACUCAGCCACAUUCUGCUCAAAAAAGACCAAGAGCUCUCCAAAUCCGGCGAGAGCCAAAGCUGAAACUACAGCGGUUGCAGUAACCUUUCCUUCUUCUACUGAAACCUCUAACACCUCUUCUGUAUCUCGUAUCCCGAAAUGAGACCAGUGUGUAUUGAGACCAGGGCACAUCAAGGUGCUCAUAGGUCCAUCAGUGUGUGACAGACCGUGGCCUUAACCGAGCUGGUUAUUUAUAGCCGGGGCCUGCUAGAGCCUUCAGGCAACUAAGGGUUAAUCUCUCGCUCUCCAUGUGCAUACAGGACACCUCAUGUAUGUAACCUGCCAACACCCAGUGCCUUGUUUUAACUAUUGCAUGACCUGCUCUCAUAUUUAAUAUGCCCCUCUUUAUGUUUCUUGAAGAACCUCUUCUCCCUUUACCACCCCCUCCCCGAGCCUCUCUCAUGUGUCCCCUCAUUCCCUUCUGCACAGUGGAAGAUUUAGAACGGAACGACGGAUCCACAGAGAAACCUUUUUACAUGUCCACCAACCUACAGAAAUUACUGAAUAAAAAGAACAAAGACCAGACUGAGAAAUGAUUUCUCUUCAUAGCACCACCUCUUACACCUGCAGGACAGUCCCUGAAUUAAAGGUGGACGCUUUGUGUA